CGUGCGGUGGGCCCCACCUCCCCCACCUGGACACUUCUCCCCCCUCCCCUCUCCGCCGCCCGGAUGAACCGCCUCCGCCUCCUCCUCUCCGAUCCGUCGUCGCGCUAGACUAUAUAUCUCGCCGUCGUCUCUGAUCUCUCCCUCCACCGGGGAGGCAAGGCGAGAUCGUCGCGGGUUCGUUCUGUUCUUCUGGGUUUUCUCUGCUUACGGUUUCUUGCUCUGAAUCGCGGUUAUUUAUUUAUUUUUUGAAAAAGAAAAGAAGAAAGUAUUUGCUGGUUUCUUGAUUUGUUUGUGGGUUGUUCACUUGUUCCCCUCUGAUUUGCUUGUGUAGUAAUCCAGGGCCUUGUGAUUUCUUCGUUCGGGGGGGUGUCCAAUUUGGAGAGAUUUGGAUUCCAGGGUUAAUUGUUUUUUUCAAUUUUUGUUUGGUUUUGUCCUGCUUCUUGGGAGAUUUUGUCAUGGGGGAUGUGUCGUUGAACCCGCCGAUCAACGCCGAGCCGCUGACCAAGGGAGAUCAAUUCCUGGACUUGAUGUCAGAUGGAUGGACAAAUGAGAGGCACAGCUUGUACAUAAGCUCCAUGGAGGCAUCCUUCAUGGAACAACUCUAUAGGCAUGACCACCAUGGGCUUGACAGGAAUAGGAGUCAUGCGGGUGGCGCAAUUGGGUUCAGGGUGCACCGGGAGGGUGUGUGCGACAACCUAAGGUCUGAGAGGAAUGAUGCUCACGCUCAUGAUGGAGGCAUGAGCUGCUUCCCUGAGAAUCCAUGGAUAAGGCGUUUCAGACCACGCGAUGCCGGUGUGAACCGCAAGAAUGAUGCGGUGGGGUUUUCUGUGGAUGACGAUGAGUCGGGUACUGACAUGGUCCGACAGAGGGUUCGGGUGCAUGGAAGAGAAGCGAAGAGUUGUGCUGGAGGAAUUCUUGCUGAUAAAAGCACAGAAGUAUCUGAUCAGAAUUUUCCUGACGAAGAUGUCGAAGUCGAUUCAGAGCCAUGCAAGAGGAGGAGGCGGCCUACAAAUUCCACUGCUACACCUCAUGACCAGACAACAUAACAGGAUCAAUCACCUUCAUUUGUUGUUGUUCCAUCCGGAAAAUCACCCGCAGCGACAAAAAGCCAGCGAAGACCAGGAGUUUCGUCGAGACUGAAAGGAAGAUUGGAGAACAUGGGUUGGGUUGGAAUCUUGCUCAACUUGUUGUGGUGAUGGGCACUUGUGCUGCUGCUAGUCCUCAGUUGACUAACUGAAAUGUAUCGUUCGUUCUUGUGGUGUGUAUGAGAGGGCUGCAUUUGUUUCCUAGUUCAUAUUUAAAUCGAUUCUCUGGUAGAACAUCAGGCUCAAAGACUGUCCACGAUUGAAUUGAAUUGAACUGUGAUGCCUUGUGUUGUAUUUCAGCGGCUGUUGUGAUCUGCAAGUGGAUUCAGUAGUAUCCAUGCUUUGUCAUUACACAACAGAAGUAAUAAGAGCUUACUGUUUUGUGAAUUCUCGUUAA